CCCACCCCCCAGCACCCAACCCCCGGCCCCCCACCAUGGCUGCCCUGCGCCUCCUCCUCCUCCUCCUCCUGCUGCUUGUGCUGGGGACCCCCGGGUGGCCGUGGGGCGAGCGGAUCCUGGGGGGCAGCGAGUGCCCCCCCCGGGGCCACCCCGGCCUCGUGCUGCUCUUCUACUUCGACCAGCACCAGUGCGGGGGGGCCCUGCUCAGCACCCACUGGGUGCUCACGGCCGCACACUGCCAGACCAGCCACAUCCAGGUGCGGGCAGGAGAGCACAGCCUGGUCACGGUGACGGGGCAGGAGCAAUAUGCCAUGGCCGUGGAGGUCGUGGUCCACCCCGACUUCAACUCCGCAGAGGGGGACAACGCCUAUGCCCAUGACCUCAUGCUGUUGCGCGUUGAGCCCCCCUUCACCAUCACCCCCUACGUCCAACCCGUGACCUUGCCCACAAGUCCACCGGCCACCGGUACCGACUGCACCGUCAUGGGAUGGGGCACCACCACCAGCCCCCAAGAGUCCUUCCCUGACACCCCCCAGUGCGUCAACAUCACCGUGGUGGAUGACAGCCAGUGCCAGAUGAUCUACGGCAGCAAAGUCACCGAGGACAUGUUGUGUGCCGGCGUGGCUGCAGGGGGCAGGGACUCCUGCCAGGGUGACUCAGGGGGGCCCCUCAUCUGCAACGGGGUCCUUCAAGGCAUCGUCUCGUGGGGUGACCACCCCUGCGGGCAGGUGGGGAAGCCAGGGGUCUACAGCCAGGUCUACAACUACCUGUCAUGGAUCCAGAAGACAAUAGGGGAGGACUGAGUCCUCCUCUUCCCACCAUGGACCUGCCAAUCCCAUCACAGACCCACCAACCCCAUCAUGGAACCCAAGAGGGACCAUCUGACCCCCACCAUGGACAGGCUGAAGCCACCAAGAAAGGAUCAACCCUAUCGUAGAUCCACCACCACCAUCACGGAUGGACUGAGCCCCCCACGAUGGACCCAAUCGUGGUUGGGUUGACCCCAUCAAGGACCAAUGAAGCCCACCAUGGAUUGACCUACCCCACCAUGGACCCCACCAUGGCUGGGCUGAUCCCAUCAUGGAUGGGCUGACUCCACCAUGGACACUCCAAGCCCACCAGGGACUGGGUUGACCCCACUAUGGAGAGACUGACCGCACCACAGAUGGUCUGACUCCAUCGUGGCUGGAUUGACCCCACCAUGGACACUCCCAACUCACCACGGACAGACCAAUGCCACCAUGAAUGGACUGAACCUACCACCAACCCCACCGUGACCAGACUGACCCCACCACAGACCCCACCAUGGAUGGACAGACCCCAUCACAGAUGGACCAAGCCCACCAGAGAUCAACUGACCCCACCACAGAUGGAUCAACCCCACCACAGACCCCAUCAUGGAUGGACCAACCCCACCAGAGAUCAACUAACCCCACACAGAUGGAUCAACUCCACCACAGAGCCCAUCACGGAUGGACCAAACCCACCACGGAUGGACCAAACCCACCACAGAUCCCACCAUGGAUGGACCAAACCCACCACGGAUGGACCAAACCCACCACAGAUCUCACCAUGAAUGGACCAAGCCCACCACGAUGGACCAACCGCACCCCAGACCUCCAACCCCACCCCAGACCCACCUCCCACCCCCAAUAAACCCCCCCGGCAUCUC